UCGUGGCCGGUUCGGGCACGAGCUGCUGUCUGUUGCUGCAGCGGUUGGUUUGAUCGUCCCGUAGCUGAGAGAAACGGGAAAGUAGCUCAGGAAAGUUUUUUUUUUUUGUUGUUCCAGGAGUCACUAAAAUGUUCCACCCUCCUCUCUGCGGACAGAGGACAUUUCUGAGGAGCCACUGAGCAAGUUGAGGACAUGGCAGCGUCUGAACUUUACUCCAAGGAUGCCCGUGUGUGGCUCCCAGAUGCAGCAGAAGUGUGGAAGUCAGCAGAGCUUAUCAAAGACUACACUCCAGGGGACCUGUCCCUGUCUCUACAGCUGGAGGAUGGCACGAAAGUGGAGCACAAAAUAGAUCCCCGAACCAACAACCUGCCGCCGCUUAGGAACCCCAACAUCCUGGUGGGGGAAAAUGACCUCACGGCGCUCAGCUACCUCCAUGAGCCGGCAGUGCUACACAACCUUAAAGUGCGCUUUAUUGACUCCAAGUUGAUUUACACAUACUGUGGGAUUGUCCUGGUUGCCAUCAAUCCUUACGAGAGCCUUCCUAUCUAUGAAGCUGACAUCAUCAAUGCCUACAGUGGACAAAACAUGGGGGACAUGGACCCCCACAUCUUUGCGGUAGCUGAGGAAGCAUACAAACAGAUGGCCAGAGAUGAAAGAAAUCAGUCCAUCAUAGUCAGUGGUGAGUCUGGAGCUGGCAAAACCGUCUCUGCUAAGUACGCUAUGCGUUACUUUGCCACAGUCAGCUGCUCUUCUAGUGACACCAACAUCGAGGAGCAAGUUCUUGCAUCUAGUCCCAUCAUGGAGGCUCUCGGUAAUGCCAAGACAACAAGGAAUGACAACAGCAGUCGUUUUGGGAAGUACAUUGAGAUUGGGUUUGACAAGAAGCAUUCUAUUAUCGGUGCUAACAUGAGGACCUACCUCCUGGAGAAGUCAAGAGUUGUGUUUCAGGCCCACGGAGAAAGAAACUACCAUAUAUUCUACCAGCUGUGUGCUUCUUCACAUUUACCAGAGUUCAAAGCCUUCAAGUUAGGUUGUGCAGAGGAUUUCCACUGCACUAACCAGGGUCAGAGCCCAACCAUAGAUGGAGUGGAUGAUGCCAAAGAGAUGUGCAAUACCAGGAGAGCUUUCUCAAUGUUGGGGAUUGGUGAAAGUGAUCAAAUAGAGAUCUACCAAAUUUUGUCAGCUAUUCUCCAUCUAAGCAAUGUGGAGGUUAAAGACCAGUCAGUCGACCGAUGCAGCAUCUCGCCGGAUAAUGUCCACCUGAUGGUCUUCUGUGAGCUGAUGGGAGUGCCUUGUGAUGAAAUGGCUCAUUGGUUAUGUCACAGGAAACUCAAGACGACCACAGAGACAUAUGUUAAGUCUGUUUCUAAAGCGAAUGCGGUGUAUGGCCGGGAUGCACUAGCCAAACACAUCUACGCCAGACUCUUCAGCUGGGUUGUUGGCCGUAUAAACAGUGCCUUAAAAUCUGCACUGAAACAGCAUUCGUUCAUUGGAGUACUUGAUAUUUACGGGUUUGAAACAUUUGACGUGAACAGCUUUGAACAGUUCUGCAUCAAUUAUGCCAAUGAGAAGCUUCAGCAACAGUUCAACCUGCACGUCUUCAAACUGGAGCAAGAAGAGUACAUGAAAGAGGAGAUCCCUUGGUCAUUGAUCGACUUCUACGACAAUCAGCCGUGCAUUAAUCUCAUCGAGGCAAAGCUUGGCGUCCUGGACCUCCUGGAUGAGGAAUGCAAAAUGCCGAAAGGCUCUGACGACACGUGGGCACAGAAGCUGUACAACACCCUCCUGAAGCAGAAUACCCACUUUGAUAAACCCAGGUUAUCAAACAGAGCUUUCAUCAUCCACCACUUUGCUGACAAGGUGGAAUACCAGUGUCUGGGGUUCGUGGAGAAAAAUAAGGACACAGUCAACGAGGAACAGAUAAAUGUGCUAAAAAAGAGCAAGUUCGAGUUGCUGCUGAGGCUGUUUGAAGAAGAUGAGAAGGCAAAACGUUCAGGCAACAAACCUGCCAGCGUCACUGGAAGGGCCGGGCCAGCUCCGAGAGAUAAUAAGAAGACAGUGGGACUGCAGUUCCGUCAGUCUCUGCAUUUGCUGAUGGACACACUAAAUGCUACAACUCCUCACUACGUCCGCUGCAUCAAACCAAAUGACCAUAAAUCGCCAUUCACCUUGGACCCAGUCAGGGCCGUGCAGCAGCUUCGAGCAUGUGGCGUCCUCGAAACGAUACGGAUCUCUGCAGCAGGCUUCCCUUCCAGAUGGACAUAUCAAGAGUUCUUCCAUCGUUACCGAGUGCUCAUGAAGCAAAAGGACGCUCUUCCUGAUCAAAAACAGACCUGCAAAAACCUCCUGGAAAAACUUAUAAAGGACCGGGAGAAAUAUCAGUUUGGAAGAAACAAGAUCUUCUUCCGGGCUGGUCAGGUGGCUUACUUGGAGAAGUUACGUUCUGACAAACUGCGUAUAGCUUGUGUUCGCAUCCAGAAGACCAUCCGCUGCUGGCUGGCCCGCAAAAAGUACCUGAGGAUGAGAGAGUCUGCCAUCACUAUUCAGAGACAUGUACGGGGCCACCAGGCCCGCUGUUAUGUGAAGUUUCUGCGGCGAACCAGAGCAGCUGUUGUCAUUCAGCGCAAUGUGCGAAUGUGGUCGGGAAAGAGACGCUACCAGCAGCAGCGCUCUGCAGCUAUCACUGUUCAGUGCUUCUGGAGGUCCUACAUGGCUAGAAAGCAGUACUACAAGUUGAUGUAUGAGCAUAAGGCCAUGGUCAUUCAGAAGUGGGUGAAGUGCUGGCUGGCCAAGCAGCGCUACAGACGCAUUCGAGCGGCCAUCAUCCUGCUGCAGAGCUGUGUGCGUCGCAUGAGCGCCAAGAAGGAACUAAAGAAGUUGAAGGUGGAAGCUCGCUCCGUGGAACACUUCAAGAAGCUCAACAUUGGCAUGGAGAACAAGAUUAUGCAACUGCAACACAAGAUAAACGAGCAGCAAAAAGAAAACAGAGAGCUCAGUGAGAUGCUGAGUGUUGUGGAGAAGGCCCAGACUGUGGAGAGAGACAGACAGAGCAGAGAGAUAGAAAAUCUUCGUAGGUCAGAACAGGAGGCCCGAGCCAAGGCGGAGACGCUUCCCUCGCUGCUGGAGCAGCUCUCCUUCCUUCAAGAACGGCUGGAAAUCACCUGCAGAGAAAAAGAAGACCUGGAAGAGCAGACAAAGGCCUAUAAGGAGGAGACACAACAGGUUUUAGAUGAGCUUAAUAUGAAGAACAGCUUGAUGGAGAACAACAUCGAUGAGCUGAGCAAGCAAAUCCUUGAACAAGCCCAGGAGCUGACAGACAUUAAAUCCAACGCUGAGAACACCAAACAGCUGGAGAAGGAUUUAACGGAAGAACGUUCUCGCUACCAAAGUCUGCUGAGUGAACACCUGCAUCUGGAGGAGCUGCACAGAGACCUGAAGGAGGAGAUGAAUGACAGCAUUGUGAGGAACUCCACUAUUUCAAGGCAAUCUAGUCACAAGAGGACAGAUUCCAACUACAGCAGUAACUCAUCUGAGUUUAGUCUGAGCUUGGGCUCAACUGAGGGUGAUGACGUCUCCGUACAAGCAGAGGAUGAGACCCCGGCUGCAGUGGACCUGCCAAUUCUUCUGAAGCUCCAGAUGAGAGUGAAGGAACUGGAGCAGGACAAACAGUCACUAUGGCAACAGCUGGAUAAAAAGGAGGAAGCCCAGCAAGAAACGGCGAAAGAGGUGGAGGAGCAAAAAACCGUUGGCAGAGCACAACUGGAUUUGGAAUCAAUAAAGCGACAAGAACUGGAAUCUGAGAACAAGAAACUGAAGCAGGAUCUAAAUGAGCUGAGGAAAUCUCUGACCGCUGAGAGCGGUGAUUUGAUACCCCCCGCCCCCGGCUCUCUGCCCUACAACAUACUGCUGGAACAACUCAGCUCCUCCAAUGACGAGCUGGAGAUGCGAAAAGAGGAAGUGCUGCUCCUCCGGUCGCAUAUGGUCCGCCAAGAGGCUCUGAAGCAUAGGGACUCUGCAUUUGGCGAAAGUGUGAAGUUAGAUCUCAGUGAAAUGCCUUCGUUUCAAGGUGUUAACAGAUCCACUGACAUCCACACUCUGAAUGAAGACGGAGAGCUGUGGCUGGCCUACGAAGGCUUGAAAGAGACCAACAGGCUGCUUGAGUGCCAGAUGCAGGAGCAGGAACGCGUUCACGAUGAGAAGUACAGGACGCUGGAGGAGGAGGUGAACAAACUGAAGGAGGAAAAGAAGCAGGAGCAGAAGCUGUUGGCUCAGAGCCUCCUCUUGCCUGAAGACGCCCGAAUAGAGGCGAGCCUGAAGCAUGAGAUCACGCGACUCACCAAAGAGAACCUGGAACUCUUGGAGCAUCAGGAAAAACAAGACGAAACCAUACGAAAGCUUAAAAAACAACUGAAGCUUUACAUGAAAAAAGUAGAAGAUUUUGAAGCGAGUCUUCCGCGAAAGAAUAGCUCUUCUGUGACGAACGUCCCCGUCAGGACCGUGAACAUCACCCGGAAGGAGAAAGAGUACCAGGGCAUGUUGGAGUACAAGGAGGGUGACGAGAGCCGCCUGCUUAAGAAUCUGGUCAUAGAUCUAAAGCCGCGUGGUGUAGCAGUCAGCUUCAUUCCAGGACUUCCGGCCUACAUCAUCUUCAUGUGCUUACGAUAUGCAGACAACGUGAAUGACGACCAGAGAGUCAGCACUCUUCUCAAUUCCACCAUCAGCAGCAUCAAAAGUGUCAUUAAGAGGAGAGGAGACGACUAUGAAGUGGUGUCUUUCUGGCUGGCCAACACGUGCCGGUUAAUGCACUGUCUGAAGCAGUACAGUGGAGAUGAGGGAUUCACGAUCCACAACACCGCCAAGCAGAACGAGCACUGCUUGACCAAUUUUGAACUGUCAGAGUACCAGCAGGUCUUUGGCGACCUGGCUAUUCAAAUUUACCGUCAGCUCAUCAAAGGCAUGGAGCGCAUCCUGCAGCCCGUCAUAGUGGCGAGCAUGUUGGAGCACGAGACAAUCCAGGGUGUUUUAGGCUCCAAACCAACAGGUCUGAGGAAGAGAAGCACCAGUUUCCCAGAGCAGGAUGUGACAGUGGAAGACCUCCUGCAGCGUCUCAGCGUCAUGUACACCACCAUGAAGCAGCACGGAAUAGACUCAGACCUCAUCAAGCAGGUGGUCAAGCAGCAGUUUUACAUCAUCUGUGCGCUCACACUCAACCAUCUGCUGCUGCGCAAGGACAUGUGCUCCUGGAGCAAAGGCCUGCAGAUCAGGUACAAUGUUUGGCAGCUGGAGGAGUGGCUGUCAGAGAGGGAGCUGACAGACUGCGGAGCGAAGGAGACACUGGAGCCUCUCGUACAGGCCGCACAGCUUCUGCAGAUCAAGAAGAAGACAGAAGCAGAUGCCCAGGCUAUCUGCAACAUGUGCAAUGCCCUCACCACAGCACAGAUUGUCAAAAUACUGACUCUGUACACCCCAGUGGUUGAGUUUGAAGAGCGGGUCUCUAGCGAUUUCAUCGCAACUAUUAAAAGCCUUUUAAAAGACAGAAAGGAAUCAUCCAGCUUAAUGAUGGACGCCAAGCAGAUCUUCUCCGUCACCUUCCUGUUCACGCCCUCCUGCGUUCCUCUGGACACCAUUCAGAUCCCUGCUAGUCUUAACCUGGGCUUCCUAAACCGCAUCUAGACCAGUGACAGCCCUGACACUCGGACCUUGUUCUCUGAACUCUGCUCACCAGAGUAAAAAAAUGUAUUUUUCUCUAAAGUUUGCACAAGAUUAUUUUAAUGAUCAGCUUUAAUAAUAAGACUCCAAAAAGCACGAUUUAUUGGUUCUUUGUAGAGACAGAUUAACGACUGUAUAAUCAGAGAAUACGUUAAAAGUAUCUUAAAGGUCGUCUCAUGACAAACUACUACACACUGUGGUAUUCGUGUAUUUGUGCCUGAAAACUGAAACAAGGAAAGUUAUAUCACAACUUCCUGGAAACCAUGAAUUGUUUCAUCUCAAAUGAGUUGACAUGCAUCUGAUGUUUAAAAUGUUAGAAAUGUCUUCAGGAGUUUUAUUUUUGUAACUUUGGAUUUCUGUAACUUAAUGUUGCCGUUGGUAUUUAUGUCAAGACAGGGAGACGGAAUAGAAAAUUCCUUGGCUGGUCUUAAUGUCGUCAGUAAUAUUAAACGCUGACUUUUCAGAAAGGUG